AAAAUCCCUCGACCCGACCCACCUCUGACCCGACCCGACUCGACCCGGAACAACACUACUGCUGAGAACUCUGCUGCGCUCUCAAACAAGCGCAAGCAAAUUGUGACUUCGCCCAAAGUUGAUUGGGCUCUGGGCUUUUGGGUUCUUGAUAUGGAGCAAAAGCGGUGCUCUGUGACAGGUGCCAUGCUCAUCGAACAACAGAAGAGAUUUGAGGAAGCACUGAAGAUUCCUGAUAACCAUUGCUUGCGUGGCACAGGUUGGCUUGACUCCUUCUAG